AUGUCGACCUCGCAAGCACGCCCCACAACACCACCUACCGAACAUGGACCCUCACUCACUCCGCCAACGUUUGAAGAAAUCAAUCUCUGCCAGUUAUCUAUAGCUAUAGAAUCAAACGAAAGUGAUGCGGUCACAGUUAUUGCUGCUACAGAGACAGGAGACGCAAAUGGCUAUAGUUAUCGUAAAGCUUCAGUUCAUGUUCCGCAAUGUGUCCUCAUAUAUGUUUAUUUAACUCUCAUUGUUAAUGCUGUAUUAUUGUCAGCUAUAAUAAUAAUAUUGAUUCAACUGUUAAGACAUGCCAACCAUUACCAGGAAAGACGUAUAUAUUUAAUAUAUUGGGGUAUAGGAGAAGUUCUAUGGCGUCUGUGUCUUAUAGGCUAUACAGCCGGCAAAGCUUCUGCAACUUAUACAAUGAUCCAUUUGUUGGGAAUGUUCUUAGGAAAAGAACACUACCUCAUCUUGGUCAAUUCAUUCUGGCCCGAUUUUGAUCCGUUUGAAGCGGAUGCAAAUAUAUCGGGUAUUCGGAUCGAUUCCGGAUUGAAUUCCCACUGCACUGUAUAUUCAUGUUGGAAUUUGGUUUUUGGCAUCUGGUUUUGGGUUGCGACCUGGAUAGCAGUAAACCAUAGUUCAGAUGAUUAUGCCAAGUCGCUAGCUAUAACCGGUCUCUCUGCAUGUUUGAUUAAUGUUGUCACUUGUUACCUCCCUGGGGCCUAUUUGA